AUGAAUGUGAGAUAUAUCGAUAUUAAACUAAGGAAUACAAAAUUAAAAUUCUAGGCAGAUUACAAACCAGAAUAAAAAGUAAUUGACAUAAUAAACAAAUUAAUUUUUGACUUGAAAUUGCCCAGAAAUACACCCAAUCCGAAGCUAUUUUUUAAAGGAAAAAGUUUAGACUAUUCUAAAACUUUUGAUCAAUAGGGAAUCUCCUAGCUUCAAGAAGUUGAAUUAGAAUUCAUUGAGAAAAUUGUAGUCACUGUCCAUAAUGAGAAAUUGGACAACCAAAAUCUAAAAUGUGAUGUUACCAAUACCAUGAAUGAAUUAGGUUCUAUUCUACUUAAGAAAUUAAACUUUAGAUAAGAUUAUGAGGUUCGCUUUUCCAUGAACGACUAAAUCCUUAACAGUGGGAGAAAUUUAAUCGAAGUAGCACCUUGGGAAAAUUUAACAUAUUAGAUAUUCUCAUAACAUUAAUUCAUUUACGAUUCAUAAUAAUAUCAACUCGAAAUUGAUAUUACCAAUUCGGUGUCGAAUUUAUGCAAAACAAUCAGCCAAAUGAUAAAUAUAGAUAGUGAAUGGAUCCAAAUAGAUUAAAUGAAUAAAGAUGACCCUUUCUAUUUAUAUCAAGUGAGCCCCAACACAGAAUUAAAAUUACGCAUUGUAGAAAUUCAAAAUAAUAAAUAAGUUACUAUCUCCAUUGUUCAUGACCAAGUUACUCGAUAAAUGACAAUACUCAAAGAUGAAACAAUAGGAACACUAAUGAAUAAAAUCAAAACCUCCUUUUUCCCUCAAAGUUAUUCUUAAGUCAAUGUGAAAUUGGUCUUCAACAACAUUGAAUUGUCUAAUAACUACACUAUCAAUCAAUGCUAAAUUGUGAAUAAUGAUGUCAUCAAAUUGAUUGUUGCUAAUAUGCCGGAGAAAAUCUAAAUUUGCUUCCAACAUAAAGAAAAACCAGAACUCAAGAAGAAAAUUAAAAUCUCAUUAGAUGAAUAAUUGUCAUUAAUAGAUAAAUAAGUAUUCAAUAAUAAAUAAAUGGAAUACUUUUAUUAAGGCAGAUAAUUAGACAAGAAAGAAACUUUCCGUUAAUUAAAAAUCACACAAAAUGACACUGUUAUUGAAUAUAAACCAAUAGAGGGCGUAUAGCUUUUACUUAAGUUCUAAAAUCUUGAGUAACAAAACCCAGUCCAAAUUUAAGCAUUAUCUAAUGAAUUACUAUCCAAAUACAUUUAUGAUUUGACAGGAAGAGAAAGCAAUGAAGUUUGGGUGAGUUGUAAAAAUUAAACUAUUGAUGAUAUCGAAUAAACCUUUGCUGCUCUAUAAAUUUAGAAUGAUUUGAUAUUUUAUCAACCCAAAUAGAUUCUAUUGUAAGUGUAAUACAAGGAUAAUCUUUAUGACAUCUAUUAAAAAAGAGACAAAUGUGUUAUUGAUUUGCUUGAUUAUCUGAGAGAUUAUUUUUAAAUUGAUGAAUCAUAAGAUUUUGAACUAUAAUACGGGAAUGAAACUGUACAAGGUGAAUUAUUGUGUUAAAAAUUAUGGGCAGCAUGUAAGAAGUGUUAUAAAAUCGUACCUAUUAAAAAUGGCUAAAAUGAUACACAAACCAAAACAUAUAAGAUUUACAUCAUAAACCAAGACAAAUAAAUUGAGUUUAAGAUGAAUCCUACAAGAACAAUAUCGGAUUUGAAACAAGCAUUCUUAUCUCAAUAUUCUUAUCCUAAAAAUCAACCAAUUGAUUUCAGCGUAAGAAAUCAACCCGAUACUCUUCUUAAUGAAGAGGUUCAAUUGAAUACCUUGAAUGUUUGCGAGUUCCAAAUUUUAGUUAAAGAUUAUAUUAAUGUAAGAGUAUUUGAUAGAAUAAAAAAGGAUGAAUCUUACUUUGAAAUUAUUUUCAAAUCCAAAAUUUCAAUUCUGAUUUAGAAUUUAAAAUUGGAAAAUUACAAAUGCAAUUUCUAUUUUUAGAACAAUCAAAUCAAUUAAGAGAAGACUUUUUCAGAAAUAGAAUUUUAUGAUCUUAAUACAAUUGAGUAUGAAGUUCUGAGAAAUUAGGUUUAGUAGUUGAUUCAAGUUAUUGUAAUUGAAAAGAAUUAGUAAUAAGAAAUUGAAUUGCUUGAAGAUUAGACAGUCAAAGAUGUAAGACAAGCUUUAAAUCUUAGAGGUGAUAAUGAAAUAGAACUAUUAUUAAGUAAUCAGAGUGCAGCCAAAGAUGAAUAAAAGUUAAAGGAUAUUGCAGAGAAUGGAAAGUUGACAUUGAAUAUAAAAGCUAAGAUCAAUAAUCCAGUAGAGCCAAAUAACCAAGAAAAUAAAUGCCUAUUAAAUAUCUCCAUUAAAGACAAGAGACAUGAAAUAGAAUUCGAGAAAAAUAAAACGGUGGAAGAUCUAAGAUAACAUAUCAUACAAUAAUUUCAAUAAUAGAGUGACAUUGUUAUUAGGAAAGGGAAUACUAUUCUGAAUCCUUCCGAUCCUAUUCCUGUAACAUUUGAAUUUUUAAUUGUAUCUCCACUAACGAUAAAGGUGAUCAUAAAAAUCAAUACAAAAAAUAAUCAAAUACAUUAAAGAUAGUUCAAGCCUAAUUAAAAAGUAGGGGAUAUUAUUUUGGAUUUUGUUAGAUAACAUAAUAUCAAAGGCAACACCAUAAAUUUAGCAUUGAAUGGUUAAGUUCUAGAUGUUAACAAGACUCUAAAAGAAUUAGGAGUAAUAGAUGGUACAGAAUUGAACCUAUUGAAUUGAAAUAUAUAUAUUAAUU